UAUAUGGCAAUGGAACAAAUAACAGAAAAUUCAGUGAAAAAAGUGUGUCCUUCUGAGGAGGAUUUAAGUAUUGUUUUAAAUGAUAUUCGCUGUGAGGGAUGUCAUAUGCAUUUCAAAAAUAUUGCCCGUUAUCGUAUGCAUAAUUUAAAAGUUCAUAAAGAUAAAAAUUACAAAUUAAAAGCAAGUGAAGAAAAUGAAAAAAAUGUUCAAUAUCAUUGUCCUAUUAAUAAUUGUAUUUAUGCUAUUAAUUGUAAUAGAUUUUUCACACAAAAAAGAUAUUUAAAGCAGCACUACUUAAAAAUUCAUGCUGAGAGAAAGUAUCCUUGUAUUUUGUGUCCUAAGAGUUUUUCAACUGAAGCUGCAAAAGAGGCACAUGUUAAAGUUUGUGGAAUACGUUUUGAAUGUAAAGUUUGCGAAAAAUUUUACAAUUCCUAUGAAGCACUUCUUACUCAUGCUAAACGUAAUUCACACGAAGUCGAUCAAAAAUACAAGAAAAAUAGGCCAUCAAAAAAAAAGAACAAAACAGAAAUCACUUCAGUUUGUAAUCCUCAAUUACGAAGUAAACAAUUGACAAAUUCAACUAUAGUUGUUCAAAAAGAAAAUGGUAAAAUGGUAACCAAAGGUAUUUUAAUAGCAGUCACAAUAAUUCCCAAACUCACACAAAAUAUUGCCGUUCAAACUGAUACAAUAAAUGAAUUAGAUGAAAAACAAAAAAGUGAAAUAACACAGGAAACCCAAACAAAUGAAAUACAAAGAAGAGAAACAUUUCAAAAUUCCAAAGAAACACAAACAACAUCAAAUACAAUGAAGAAAAUAAUUAAAAUUUCAUCUCAAAUUAAAAAACAUGACAAACUUAAAGUGAAAUCGACCGGUGUAAUUAUUAAAAAAGACGUAAGAUUAACUGAUGACAAUCUUUUUCCCAGUAGUCCUCUACCGCUACGUCAUGAUGUUGCUCUUCCAGAAUUAUGGGAAGAUAAAAGUACAUCGGGUACACAAACUAGUCCUGAAAAAAGUCCAUUUGCCCAUUUAAAUGAUACAUUUUGCGAGGAUAAUGCAAAUAUUGUCAAUGAAUAUUCAUUUUCAGAGACAAAUAAAAUUACACAAGUUGAUUCAAUUCUCGCUGAGGAUUUUACUGAUAGAUUCAGUAGUAUUGAAACACAAACAGAACAGGCAUAUUGUCAAUCAUUAUUCGAUUCAGAUUCAUUGUCACGAACAUUUAGUAAUGAGACACAAACAACGGAAAGCUUUAAUAUUGAACCACUUCAACUUUAUAAUAAUUCGUGUACGCAAACUUGUGAUGAAAUUUUACCAUCUGAUUUGGGUUUAUCGAAUAUUCAAACGCAAACAGCUUGGUCACAUUUUGUUGAUACGACAGUGUCGACAGAAACACAAACGAGAAAUUUUACCUGUGAAUCAAGUGGCUGUGAUGAUUCAAAUCAUGAUUGUCGAUCUUGGUUGAGUAUUCAAACGAAUCAUAUGGAAACUCAGACUGAUAUACUUUCAAUGUUAGAAGAAUUGGAUUAAUACAAAUUAUUUAUUUUUUUUAAAUUUUAUUAUUAAAAUCAUUAAACUUUGAUUUUCCAAUUUAUUUUAAUCUAUUUUGCAUAAUUUUAAUCUCCCCUUAGUCAACGUUUUUUGCUCAAAUAUAUGUGAUUUUUAUAAAAUAUUUAUUUAUGUAUAGACAAUAGAUAAAAUAAAGAUUAAUUAAUUUUCGUUUAA